UUCGACGCUCGUUGACGUUAGCCUCAGCUCACAGCAACCUUGCGAGGCGGCCCUGCUAAAAAUACACAGCAUGGAAAGAAUAUGUUUUAAAAAAUAGUAAAUAAGACAUAAAUUAAGUACGAACUCUGCCGUUCUAGUACAGGAGGAGUGAACUCGUCACAGCAACAAGUUAAAGAUGGAGCCCCAGGAGCUUGCCAAAAAUGAUGAAACCAGUGGAUUCUCCAGGCGGCGCAUUUCCAUUUUAAAAGCACCACGCAAGUCAACCGCAUUCCCUGAUCCUGAGCAACAAACAAAUUUGGAGGAAUGUGCCAAACCUGUGGAAAAAAGGCCAUCAAGAAGAGUCAGUUUUGCUCCCGCCAAUGAUGUCCUUCUGUUUUCAAAGGACGUGAAAAAUGCCUCUCCCACCCGAAGCCCCCUGCAAGAAUUAAUGAUAGCAACAGGGGCAACCACACAAAACAGGUUCCCAGGGGCAGAAGAUGGGAGUCAAGCAAUGGAAACCCUCUUGAAUGCUCCUCUACAUGGGUUACAGCAACAGGAUAAGGUCCGCUUUGAUACAGUGGAAGGUUUUGGGGAGAAAACAGUGGUAUUUUCCUCAGACGAUGCGUUCAUGGACAUGACCCACAGUCAAACUAUAAACUUUGCCAGUUACGGAGAGUUCCUCGCAGAUGAUGCUUUACCCUCUGGUGGAGAAAAGAUGGUGAUGUUCGCUGCAGAUGAUGCAUCGAUGGACAUGACCCUUAGUCAUACUGUCAACCUGAUGAAUGGUACGGUUUCACUACCCAGACACAUGGAUUUAAAUGUUCAAAAGAGAAAUGUACCCUCGACACUACCCAGUUUUGAUCCAGGAUUCGAGGAUUUCCUUGCAAGUCUCUCUAAAUCCGGUGGCCCCUCCUCGUCGGCCGCUGUUGAGUCAACCUGUUCCCUCGCCCAUAUCAAAGAAAAAAAGGCUGAUGUGGACAAAGAGAAUCGGCUUCCAGCUUCAGUCCCAUCUGUGAUGGAGAAGUCACUGAAUGCAUCCAGAAAAACUGGGCAGGCGUCUUAUGAAAGUGUGCUGUGUCCGGACGACAACGUGAGCAUGAACUUGACUGAAGUUCAAACGGGCCGCAUCCUGGGAUUCACUGGCACUGAUGAUCCAUUCCAGUGUCUUUUUCCCACAGAAGACAUGUAUGUCCACACUGACAGAAGAGUUUCACAAAUGACAGCGAUGACAAAGACCAGCUCUGACCCUAAAGCAGUUGCAACUACUGACACAAGGGUCCAAAAGAUUCUGAUUGAAGACGGCAAAGGAAAAAUGUCAGAUGCAGCGUCCCUGAAGAAUCAUUCUCUAAAUGCUUCUCAUCAAAGGCACAAGGCCAACUUUUUUGCCAGAGAAGAGAAAACAAUCAUGUUUAGUGCAGAUGAUGAGUUCAUGGACAUGACUCAAAGUCACACUAUCAACAUUUCCCGUGGUUCUUUGGCUCCUCAGAAAGCAUCAGCUGAUGGUCUGGAUUCAGGAUUUAAGAACUCCCUGUCAGGUCUCUCUAAACCAACUGGCCUUAGUAUGAAUCCUAUGAUUAAAAGAGCAGUGCCAUCUACUGCACCAUCAUUUAAAGAAACUAGCAACACAAACAACCGAUUCUCCCACCAUAAAACACCAAGGGCUGAUGUCGGUAAAGCCAAUCGAUUGGUGGAUACAAGCAGGAGCUGCUCAUCUGCUCGCAGUGCAGUCAGUCCUGAAAAGGACAUGGGCAUGGAUAUAACUGAAUCUCAAACAGGCCGCAUUAUAGAGAUGGCGGAUUCAGACGAUCCUUUUAAUUUCCUUUUUCCCACACAAGACAUGUAUUCACAGAGUGAAAGUCUGAAGAAAGCUGAGCUGACUUCAGGGCAAAAGAACAGUGAGGCACGGAGAUCAUCUCAUAAUAAUAAUAAUAAUAAUACAGGCGUGGAGACCUCAUUGAAGCACUCUUUAAAGACAAAGCAGCAGAGACUUCAGUUUGAUGCUGAUAACGUCUACAACCACAAAGCAGCAGACGAUACCUGCAUGGAUGUGACACGGAGUCACACUGUCCACAUCGGCAGUGAUUUAAACAUGCCAUCAAACCAGAACUUUUUACCUUGCAAAGACAAAACGGUGAUGUUCAAUGUCCACGACGCGGGUAUGGAUAUGACCCAGUGUCUAACUGUAAACAUUGCCAACAGUUUAGGCUUGGAUCCAGUUCUUCCUCCUGCAAAAGAUAGAACCAUUAGGUUUGAUGUCCAUGAUGCUGGUAUGGAUAUGACGAACUGCCUCACUGUAAAUAUUGCCAACAGUUUAGGCUCGGAUCCGGUCCUUUCUCCAAAAGAUAAAACGAUGAGGUUUGAUGUCCACAAUGCAGGAAUGGAUAUGACCCAGUGCCUGACUGUUAAUAUUGCCAACAACUUAGGCCCGGAUUCACUUAAUCCCUCCUUGAAGAAACAGGAAUUAGAUCAAGCUCUUGCUACAAGUGAUAAAACAAUGAGGUUUGAUGUCCAUGAUGCAGGUAUGGAUAUGACAAAGUGCCUCACAGUUAAUAUUGCCAACAAUUUAGGCUCAGAUUCCGUUCUUUCUCCACUGAAUAAACAGGAAGUAGAUCCAGUUCUUCCUCCUACAAAAGAUAAAACGGUGAGGUUUGAUGUCCAUGAUGCAGGAAUGGAUAUGACCCAGUGUCUGACUGUAAAUAUUGCCAACAGUUUAGGCUCAGAUACACUUAAUCCUCCCAUGAAGAAAAGGGACGUAGAUCCAGUUCUUCCUCCUCCAAAAGACAAAACAAUAAGGUUCGAUGUCCAUGAUGCAGGUAUGGAUAUGACAAAGUGCCUCACUGUAAAUAUUGCUAAUAGUUUAGGCUCGGAUCCAGUUCUUGCUCCUCAAAAAGAUAAAACAAUGAGGUUUGAUGUCCAAGAUGCAGGAAUGGAUAUGACCCAGUGUCUGACUGUAAAUAUUGCCAACAGUUUAGGCUCAGAUACACUUAAUCCUCCCAUGAAGAAAAGGGACGUAGAUCCAGUUCUUCCUCCUCCAAAAGACAAAACAAUAAGGUUCGAUGUCCAUGAUGCAGGUAUGGAUAUGACAAAGUGCCUGACUGUUAAUAUUGCCAACAAUUUAGGCUCAGAUCCAGAUCUUUCUCCAAUGAAGAAACGGGAAGUUUGUCUGUCUAAAGGCAGAUCUUCAUCAGCACAUGUUUGGGAUCCAGAAUUCAAUAGUGUCCUCACAGAAGUCAAGAGUGUUGACCUUGUGGGUACAAAAUUGACAUCCACAGCUGCACCGUCCUUUCACAUCGGAGACUCCAGUACAAUCUGUCCUGAUGAUGAUGUAAACAUGGAUAUGACUGAGUUUCAAACAGACCAAAUUGUGGGAAUCGCAUAUACAGAUGUUCCUUCCCAGUGUCUUCUUCCCACACAUGACGUGUAUCCCCUAAGAGGCGAUUUGAAGAAAGGAGAGAUGACCUCACAGCUGCAGAUCAGUGAAGAACCUCGAUCAUGUGCAAAGGUCAAGAUCGAUGCUGAAGACAACUACAACAAGGAAACUGCGUGGUCUUCCAGAGAUGAUGCAGCUACAAUGGGGACCCAUGGUCCCUCUGUAAAUAUCUCCCACAAAUUGGAUUUAUUUCUUCCAAACCAAGGACUAAAUUUUACAUUCAGUCAUAGAAACAUGGAUUUAAGUUUGCCUGAAAAGACAACACAAAGAAGCAAAUCUAUGUCUGCACGUGACCUGGAUUCAGGAUUUAAAAAUUCCCUGUCUAGGACAAGUGGAUCCUGGGCUAAUCCACUCAAACGAGUUACUCCUGCUCUGCAGGGCCCUCUAGAAGGUGUUGGUAUGCAAAUGCAAAAGCUUGAUGAGGAUGCUUUAAAUGUAGCGCAAGGUUUUGUUCCAACUGACGUGGAAAAGUCACCAAAUAAAACCAUGACAGACUGUCCAGAAGUUGAUGUCAGCAUGGACAUGACUGAAGGUCAUACAGGUCAUGUUUUUGGACACACCCAUGCAGAUGAUGUCUCACUUUCUUUAGCACAAGGUCCUGACCCCAGUUGUGACCUCGAGAAGCAAACAAAUGCAACUUCACAACAAAGCAGUGAAGCAGUAGAGUCUUGCAACUUCCCCGAAUGCAUUGACUCAAAUGAAAUGACCAAGAAAGAAUCUAAAGCAAGAAAUGAACCAACUUCCUCCUCGUCGCAGGAGAUGAAAGGUUUACCCCCUGCCGCCGUUGACCAAGUUGCCGAUGCAUUAUAUUCACGCAGGUCCAGAAGAAUGAGUUUAGCAGAUCUCCAGUCAAAAGCAAGGCGUUUGAGCCACAUUAUAAACUCAGCUCCUGAUACUUUGACAGCAGAAAGCUGCAUAACACCAUUACCCCAGUUGGACCAUGACUUGGACAAAACCUCAGAGAACAAAUCUAAGAUUGCAGUUGAACCUGAACUGGAAAUGGCUUUGGAAAACCCUCAAGAUAUUGCACAAGGACAGGGUCACAACCAAGCAGGAGAAGUGUCGGCUGCCACCACUCCUUUCAACUUGAAAACUAAACUCAUGUCGAGAAUCUCAAUGGGAGGCUUUAAGCCGAAACUCCCCCAAAGAAGCAGCGCCAACAAUCCCAAGAAGGUGAAUUCUUCUGUGGAGUCCACAAGAACGAUGGCAGUUAACGUCACAGGUCAACUGAGAAACUUGGACAAUGACGUGAGAGAUAUUUUUGAUGAAGAGCUCGGAAUCUGUGAGGACAUGUCAGAAAUUCUGGACGUGAGGAGUCCCCAGAAAACUGCUGAUAAAGAGAGGGAUUUUAACAUCGACGAGCUCAUAGAGGAAGACAUAUUUAAAGAGGACAUCAUUGGUGCUGUCCAAGGAGUAAAGAGACCGAUGCACAUAGAUGAAAACAAUGUGGCAGGUCAGAAGAGAAGGAAAGCAUCCACUCAGAGCAGCCAUGAUGCCACUGACAUGGAACUACAGUCUCAUAUUGUGGAGGGGGACGGUAACACAACUGCAGCUCCAAACACAACCACACAAACCACCGAUUGCUCCAGCAGUAGUCACACAGCCUCUAUCAGGUGUGAGGCUACAUUUGAGUCAACCUUUAAACAAAGUCUUUUUGAAUCUCAGCUUGAAGACUAUACAUGUGAUGCACAAAAGAAAUUGGACAAUGGCUCCAUCACAGUGCUGGAGUUCUUCAAACUCUUCAACAUAGACUUUGUCAUUCAUAAUCCUCGACAGAGCAUCCUCCCCGGAAAGCUUUUGUCGGAUACUGAACACACACCGAUUGACUUACUGAAGGACCGACACAUCAGCCGCCCUAAACAGAUGGCGUACGAGAUGGAUGUCCUAAACCUUACAGAGAAAGUGGAAGGGCUGAAAGUGCGAAUGCGGGACCUUGACAAACCUCUUAAGAUGGUUAACAAAGCUUUGUGGGAAGAGAUGAGAAAUUCUUCAGAGAAAGAGCUCAAAUCCUUUGGCGCGACCUUGAAAGUGAGAAACAACUUCUUCAGGAAGAUGAGCAAAGCUAAGUCUCACGAGAUGAAGGAGGUCCUCUACUCCAAUCUUGUGCAGACUAAUCUGGAGGAGCAACAGAGGUUGAGAGAAACGAUUGCCCAAGCAGAUGAAAUGAUAAAGAGUCUUGAUGACUGUAUUUGUGAAUUGGAAUCAGAACUCGUCACAGUUGAAGACAAAGGUUUAUUAGACAAACCGAGUCUGAAGUCACAGCAGGAAGAAAUGAAGAAACUCACUCAAGCUUUGGCCGAUAAUGAAAGAGAAAUGACUGAACUGGAGCUGCAGAAGCAGCAGAAUUCCAGCAAACUCAAGAGGAUGAGAGCUGAGACGAGUAACCUGGAGAACCACGUCUCCGUGCUGCACUUGAUAAAUGAAUGGAAGUUUGGAGAGAAGAAAGACAACUGCACUGUCUACACUUUCCUCCACGACACGAUGCAGCUACAGCUGGUGUAUGAAAAAUCCACAGAAGGAGCCUGUGGUGGUGGUGAUGAUGAUGAUGAUCAGUCUGAGGGGAAAAUAACUGAGAUCAACUUCAAACUACAACUCGAUGAUGAGAAAUCGCAGUGUCAUGCUCGCCUCGUUCACACACUGGUCUCCCAGUACAUCCAGAGUCAACCGUGCUGGGUGGAGAAAUACCCGUCGAGACGACACGUGCCCGAGCUGCUCCAUGACGUCAGCCUGGUGGUGAGUCGCUGUCGUCUGCUCGGAGAAGAGCUGCGGCUGCUGAAAAUGUGGGGAGGUCUGAAGCUCGGUAUUCUGGACAUCAGCUGUUCGGACACGCAGGUGCUCAUUGUCUUCAGCAGUCUCAAGACGUGUACCAAGUUUGAGGUGAUCUUCUCCGUCAGUCUGAUCAAUGAACACUGUGUCAUUCAAGUGGAGAGCUGUAAAAGCAUGAUCGGAAACACAGAGAUCCAGCAGAUUAAAGAGAUCGUGGCAUCGUUUUCUCCAGCCAGGAACGUCUUGACGAAGAUUGUGAAAAAGAUUCACGAGCAUCUUCUCCGCUGAGACCAAAAAAAAGUGCCUUUUUACUUUUUUACAAAUCCAAAAAGAAAAAGAAAAGAUAAAUGUAACAUUCACGUGUUUGUCUUCCAUCGGUGUACAACGUCAUAACACAACAAGGGAUAACAGUGUGGGUAAAAGUUGGUCAAAUCAUUUUAAUGCGACAAAUUAAACAAGUCUUAAAUUGUAGUCAAUAAUAGUCAACGUCACUUAACAUUUUGUUACUUUUUGAUUAAUUUUUGAAGGGCAGCUUUCACAGGUGCCACCGGAUGGCGCACAUGAGCUGAUUUUUCAGUACGUGGUUGAAGAGGUUUCCUGAUGAACACUGUACAAAUUUUUUUUUCCCCCGGCUUUGUUAAACAAAUGUACAUAUUGUCCAUGUUGUUGUUUUGUCCACUGUAAAUUAGUAUUCUUUAAUCUCUUUCAGAUUUUUACAUUAAAAUGUUUGUAUCUCUUCCA